AUGAAUUGCACUCACCAUAUUCAAAAUUAGAUUACUCUGAUAUGUAAAGCUCCUCAUAAGUGCUAAUGCUAAAGAAAACUUUGCGUGGAAUGCCAAUAUGAACAUGGAGUAGAUUUUAAGCAUACAAUUCCUUUAAAAAUAUUUAGAGAGAUGGCUAUGAAGAAAUUAAAAGAUUUCAACCUUAAUGAUACAACCGAGUUAAAAAAAUAGAGAUUGGCCUUUAAAUCAUUGCUUUCUCAAACUGAAUAAUUGAUGAAGAAAAUUUGGGAGGAGUUGUCACAAUCAAUCAAAUAAGUAUAUGAUUGGAUUGAAAAGGAAAACUAAUCAUACUUAAACCUAAUCAAUGAAAACACUAAUCUAGCUGAAUCCUCUUACACUGAUAUAGAAAAAUUAGUAAACAUUGUAGAAGGAUCAACUUUAAAUGAUUGGAAUGCUGAGAAGAGUUCUUAAAUGAAAGAAUUAGAGAAGACCAUGAGUUGGUGGGACCAACAUAUAAAGGCUUUUAUUGAGAAGUCUAACUAAGGAAUUCAAUAGAUCCAAUCAUUAAUUAAGUAAGCAUUAUAAAUCUUAUCUCUAGGGAAGAUGAAGAAGAAGUUUAUUAAAUGAAGGAAGAUCUUUAUGAAAUGCUAAGGUACAUCCAAGAUAUAGAUGAAACUCUCUAUUAAAAGGUUCUUGAAACACUUAAAAAAGAGAAAGUUUCAGACAUUAUUGGAUUCCUGUCGAAGACAAACAAUAAUCAGUUUUAUGAAUCUUUAAACUACAAGUAAGAGAAUAUAAAGGAGAUCAAGAAGUAAGUAAAGAAAAUAACUAAUUUCUUGAGGAAUAUUUAGGAUCAUAAAUUUAAUAAAGAUGACUAUUCUCAUGAAACAUAUGAAAAGGAAAGAGCGGAUCUGGUCAAUAUGAUUAAGGAUAACAAAAGGAUCACAGAAUUCAUCAAAUUUUUAGUACGAAUAACAAGCAUAGAUGUAAAUUUUAUUCAAUCAGGAUCAAAUGGACUUAGUUUAUUAGUGGACAUGAAGGUUGAUCUUAAAAACAAAUCAUUUGAAAAUAUCAAAAUCAAGAAUACUUCUUUAAUUGGAGGGAAUUUUGUAAGAUGCAACUUGAGUGAAACAGAGUUUGAGAAUGUUGAUAUCAGUGGAGUCAAUUUUAAUGGAGCUUAAAUGUUCAAUUGUAAAUGGAAGAACAUUAAAGUCCAUGAAUUGAAUAAGUUGGAUGGUCAUAGUGGAACUGUCUGGUCAGUCUGUUUCUCUCCUGAUGGAAAUACAUUAGCUUCUGGUAGUUGUGAUAACUCUAUCCGUCUAUGGGAUGUCAAAACAGGAUAAUAAAAAGCCAAAUUAGAUGGUCAUAGUAAUUAUGUUAUGUCAGUCUGUUUCUCUCCUGAUGGAAAUACAUUAGCUUCUGGUAGUGAUGAUAAGUCUAUCCGUCUAUGGGAUGUCAAAACAGGAUAAUAAAAAGCCAAAUUAGAUGGUCAUAGUAGUUAUGUAAAUUCAGUCUGUUUCUCUCCUGAUGGAAAUACAUUAGCUUCUGGUAGUGAUGAUAAGUCUAUCCGUCUAUGGGAUGUCAAAACAGGAUAAUAAAAAGCCAAAUUAGAUGGUCAUAGUAGUUAUGUUAGAUCAGUCUGUUUCUCUCCUGAUGGAAAUACAUUAGCUUCUGGUAGUGAUGAUAAGUCUAUCCGUCUAUGGGAUGUCAAAACAGGAUAAUAAAAAGCCAAAUUAGAUGGUCAUAGUAGUUAUGUUAGAUCAGUCUGUUUCUCUCCUGAUGGAAAUACAUUAGCUUCUGGUAGUGAUGAUAAGUCUAUCCGUCUAUGGGAUGUCAAAACAGGAUAAUAAAAAGCCAAAUUAGAUGGUCAUAGUAGUUAUGUUAGAUCAGUCUGUUUCUCUCCUGAUGGAAAUACAUUAGCUUCUGGUAGUGAUGAUAAGUCUAUCCGUCUAUGGGAUGUCAAAACAGGAUAAUAAAAAGCCAAAUUAGAUGGUCAUAGUAGUUAUGUUAGAUCAGUCUGUUUCUCUCCUGAUGGAAAUACAUUAGCUUCUGGUGGUGAUGAUAAGUCUAUCCGUCUAUGGGAUGUCAAAACAGGAUAAUAAAAAGCCAAAUUAGAUGGUCAUAGUAAUACUGUAAGAUCAGUCUGUUUCUCUCCUGAUGGAAAUACAUUAGCAUCUGGUAGUGGUCAUUAAUAUGGAGGUGGUGAUUGUUCUAUCCGUCUAUGGAAUAUCUAAACAGGAUAAUAAAAAGCUAAAUUAGAUUGUCAUACUAGUACUGUCUACUCAGUCUGUUUCUCUCCUGAUGGAAAUACAUUAGCUUCUGGUAGUUAUGAUAACUCUAUCCGCUUAUGGGAUGUCAAAACAGGAUAAUAAAAAGCCAAAUUAGAUGGUCAUAGUAAUGAUGUCUACUCAGUCUGUUUCUCUCCUGAUGGAAAUACAUUAGCUUCUGGUAGUUAUGAUAAUUCUAUCCGCUUAUGGGAUGUAAAGAAAGGAUAAGAAAUUAAAUCCUCUGAUAAAAACUACAAAGAUAUUCUUGCAUAAUUUAAAAUUCCACUUUAGAAUAGCUUAUUAUUACCAAAUGGUAUUUGUUAUUUAUUAUUAUUUAGUUGAGCCAGAUCGUACAAUACUUAAGAUUUGUUAGAAUCCUUUAUUAGAAGCACAAGGAACACUUAUCUUAUAAGGAGAAUUCAUCAACCAUUAAGGGAAAGAUUUAAAACCUUUAUUUAAAUCUAAAGGAAGUUGCUUUUUGGAAACUAUAAAAAACUUAGACAUAAAGAAAAAAGAAGAUUGUAUUGUAUAUUGA